UUGGUUCCCAUCCGUCAAUAAAACACAAGAAGAAGAACAAGGAGAAGACACGUUUCAGAAACCUAACGCUCAGCAAUGAUGACUAAACGACCAAAUAUACUGUUAACAGGAACACCCGGAGUAGGGAAGACAACUUUGGGAAAGGAGUUGGCUGCACAGACAGGGUUGACAUAUGUCAACAUUGGUGAAUUGGCACAUGAAGGCCAAUAUUAUGACGGGUAUGAUGAGGAGUACCAGUGCCCUGUUUUGGAUGAGGACCGGGUGGUGGAUGAACUGGAUCAAAAGAUGGUGGAAGGUGGUGUAAUCAUAGAUUAUCAUGGCUGUGACCUGUUUCCUGAACGAUGGUUCCACAUUGUUUUUGUACUUCGCACGGACAACACCCAGUUGUACACCCGACUUGAAGACAGGGGUUAUACUGGAAAGAAACUACAGGACAAUGUGCAGUGUGAGAUCUUCCAAACUAUUUAUGAGGAAGCCAUGGAGGCCUACUCUGAGGAGAUUGUCCACCAGUUACCAAGUAACACCCCUGAGGACCUUGAGAAAAACCUCCAGCAACUAAUUCAGUGGACUGAGCAAUGGAUAAAGGAUCAUAACUAAAACCUGGAGUUCUCUUUUUUUUUGAAGAAUAAAUGUAUUUCUACCAAAUAAAUGAGCAUUUUUUAGUA